AGGGUAGCACGCGUGGUUCAGUCAGAGACAAAUUCGUGUUUUUCUCUGGUGAUCAAGAACAUUUGAGUGGAAAUGGACGACUAUGAUUCGGACAUGGAUGAAGAACGCCCCGAUGAAGAAUCGGCUCUAGAUUUUCAAAAAGAUGUUUGCUGCAACACUUCGAGGCUGCUCUUCAACUCGUCACUGGUGAAUUUGUGCAUGAACGCGAUUGCAAAAAAUCAAAAGCACUUUGCAUUUCGAGCAGACACAAAAGUUAGCCUUGCUCAAUUGGACCUGCAUCUGCGAAAGAAACUGAUCAAGAAGAUCAUCGACUUCAAGUCUUACAGCCAAACCGAUGAAGGUGAUGAAUAUGAUUUCGAUGAAGAUGAUGAAGAAGAAACAGUGAAAAAGGAUGCUACUUUUGAGUUGAUUCGCCAACUUAUGGACCAUAAGAUUACAGAAUACUGCCUUGACUGGUUCAAUGAUGAGGAUGACCUUUCCAACAAGUUACUGCACACUCUGGUUGACAAAUUUGGAUUCACUACACAAAAAUUAGUCCAAAAAGAAAGGGACAUUACCAGUGGCAUGGACAGAGACAAAUCCUUCAACAUGAAAGCCAACAAACUUGAUUGUCUGCUUCACUUGCCCAACCUGCAGCACCUGGAGAUUCACUGCAACCUUCUGAGCAAUGAACAGCUUCAGCUGAUUGGUCAAAAACUGUCCAACCUGGUCUUCCUUGGGGUCGACCUAAUGGACCCUGACAAGGACAGCGUGUCCAGAGCCCUGGAACCGCUCAAGAAACUGGAGGUCUUCAUCUUCCGAGUGUACAGCUUGACAAAAUUUGGCGAUUUGUCUGAACGAAACGCCUCCGCCCUUUGUGGUCACUGUCUCCUGAGGUUUCCUCAGCUCAAAGUCAUUGGCUCCAAGGUUGACAAUGAAUCUGAGGAAGACCCCGAAGAAGAAAGCAAGUUCCUGCACCUGCUGGACGACUAUAACCAGUUGCUGGCUGCUGGCCAGACUCGUCAGUUGCAGCACCUGAUCAUCUCAAAGCCUCUCACUCGACAGCAGGCAGCAAACCUGCCCAACCUGACACAUCUCAAGGUUUUAACCUCUGCAAAUGACAAUAUUGACAUGGAAGGCCUCUUGCACUUUGACAAAUUGAAAGGUCUGUCCUUCGUGUCGCAGAAUUACACAGACCAAUGGCGCCCUCUGAUGAAACUCAUUCGGAAGUACGGCUCUGGCCUGGAGUACCUCUCCAUCAGCUUCCUCGAGUCGAGGCUUGUCAACAUCGACAAAAUACUCUUUCUCUGCCCUAACGUGAAAACGAUGCACCUCAACUUCAAUGGUACUGGUGGUCCCUCUGUUCACCAACUUCACCAAAAUGCCAUGGCCAAUUUGACUGCACUCAGUGUUGAUUUCUUCAAUAUCAAUUGGGCUCCAGGCGUGAUGGCACAGUUCUUCACUGCCCCUAACCUGAAGCACCUGACCAUGUGGUCUGUCUCAGCAGAUGAAAACUCUUUGGGCUCCGUGAUGGAGCAUCUGAGGGGAAAGGUUGUUGCUCCAAAACUGGCCAUAUUAUACGGCAGCUCCAGGCGCUGGAACGGCAUCUACAAACUCAAAGAGGCAUACUGGCGGCAAUUCCUCCAGUUUUUGUGCCUUGAAGCUCCCGUCCUUGAGACGAUCCACUUCUUUGCUGCCGUUCUUGAUGACAACUUUUGCAAAAUGAUCAACUGCAGGGCCAGACUUGUUGAAGAGCCGCAUUUUUCCUGGGAAAGGGUUCUGAAUUCUGAUUGAUUAAUUGAUAGAGAUAUAUAGUUAUGCAGCAUAACUAGAGAGAUGGACGAGAAGAAAGAAAACUUGUGGAAUCAGGGUUUUAUCUUCAACUUGAAAUUCUUGGAACUGCAUUAUGAUCAGAACAUUUGUUUAAUAUGAGCCAUUUAAUUUUACUUCAAUAAUUUGUGACUUUAGAAAAUAAACAUCUUUAA